CCAGGAUGAGCUGGAGUUUCCUGACGCGGCUCCUGGAGGAGAUCAACAACCACUCGACCUUCGUGGGCAAGAUCUGGCUGACGGUCCUCAUCGUCUUCCGCAUCGUGCUGACGGCCGUGGGGGGCGAGUCCAUCUACUACGACGAGCAGAGCAAGUUCGUCUGCAACACACAGCAGCCGGGCUGCGAGAACGUCUGCUACGACGCCUUCGCCCCGCUCUCCCACGUCCGCUUCUGGAUCUUCCAGAUCAUCAUGGUGGCCACGCCAUCGGUGCUGUACCUGGGCUUUGCCAUGCACCGCAUCGCCCGUAUGCCCGAGUCUUCGGGGCGCCGGGCACCGGCAGCCCGACAGGCACGCAUGCCAGUGGUGCGCCGGGGAGCCGGGCGGGACUACGAGGAGGCGGAGGACGAUAAUGAAGAAGACCCCAUGAUCUUUGAGGAAAUCGAGGUGGAGAAGGAGAAGAGCUCGGAGGGUGGAGAGAAGCAUGAUGGCCGGCGCCGCAUCAAGCAGGACGGGCUGAUGCAUGCCUAUGUCCUGCACUUGCUGUGCCGCUCGCUGCUGGAGAUGGCU